AUGUACAUACACAAAUGUCAACAAGUUUUCUGUUUAAUUCUAACAUUUAAUUUGUAUAGGCGUCGACCAGAAGAAUAUGAUAUUCAUAACAACCGAAAGAAACCAAGAAUUGACUAUCCACCAGAGUUUCACCAGAGACCAGGAUUUGUUAAGGAUCCUCGUUUCCCCGAAGUAGACAGAAGAUUUACAGGAGUUCGCAGGGAUGUAUUUUUAAACGGAUCCUACAACGAUUAUGUGAGAGAAUUUCAUAACAUGGGACCACCUGCUCCAUGGCAAGGAAUGCCUCCAUACCCUGCAAUGGAACAGCCUCCUCACCACCCAUAUUAUCAGCACCAUGCUCCUCCUCCUCAGGCUCAUCCACAGUUUUCAGGUCACCACCCAGGUCAACAUGACACUCGAUACCGGGACAAACGGGUUCAUGACUAUGACAUGAGGGUGGAUGACUUUCUGAGACGUACUCAGGCUGUUGUCAGUGGCCGAAGAAGCCGUCCUAGAGAGCGGGAACGAGAACGUGAACGAGAGAGGCCCAGGGACAACAGGAGAGACAGAGGACGUGAACGUGAUAGAGACAGAGAACGAAUGCGUGACAGAGAUCGAGGAGACAGAGGCAGAUACCGAAGAUGA